CUGGAUCACUUGCAAGGCUGGAAAAGAGACCCAAGGCCUGAAUCGACCACCAAGUCAGCUUUAACUUUUGCAAAGCCCCCUCCCCUAGGUGCUGCAUUGGGUGGCGCCAAAUUGGCGGAAAUAAAAGACUGGACUGUGGUUUCCGCUUCCGGACGGAGUUUUUAUUGUGGGGAAGUGCAGGGAAGCGGGCGACAUAGAUUUGACCGCAGUGGACUCGAUGGACCACGCGGAGGUCGAGGGUUGUGACUUCCAGGAGCCAGGUCAUUCGGGCAGAGUGUUGGAGGGUCUGCACAGCCUGUGGCAGAAGCAGGCGUUUUGUGAUGUGACACUGUGCUGUGGGGGACAGGAGUUCCCCUGUCACCGCAUCGUAUUGGCUUCCUCCAGUUCCUACUUCCGGGCCAUGUUCUCGGUGGGGUUUCAGGAGUCGCGGCAGGAACGUGUGGCGGUCAACGGGCUGGAGCCACAGAUGAUCGGUCUGCUGCUGGGCUACUGCUACUCUGGCCGGCUGCACAUCUCCGGGGCUAAUGUCCAGGGCCUUCUGGCUGCCGCUAACCUCCUGGACAUCGGCCCGGUGAGGGAGGCCUGCUGCCAGUUCCUGGAGCGGCAGAUGGACGAGACCAACUGUGUGGGCAUCCACUGCUUCGCUGAGGCCCACUCCUGCGAUGAGCUGCAGGCCAAGAGCCUGGCCUACAUCCUUCACCACUUCUGCGCCGUCCGCACACAGGAGGAGUUUCUCGCUCUCUCUGCCGAGAAGCUGGCCCAGAUCAUCUCCAACGACGACCUGAACGUCUCCCGGGAGGAGAUGGUCUUUGACGCCGUGCUCCUCUGGCUGGAGAGGGACCAAUCGAGGAAACUGGUCUUUGAGAAGAUCCUGGAGCAUGUCCGCCUGCCCUUGAUCAGUCCGUACUACAUCCAUGAUGUCAUCGAACCGCAGAGCGUUAUCCACGACUCUCUCCCGUGCCAGCGACUGAUCGCAGAGGCCAAGGACUACCUGUUGUUACAAGACCGACGAGGCGAGAUCUUUGGCCCCCGGACCAGGCCGCGGAGGUCAACAGGGAUAAACGAAGUGAUCGUUGUGGCUGGCGGGGAAGAUGACAAGGUGGUUCUGCGGUGUGUGGAAUCCUUCGAUCCCAUUGGCCGUGAAUGGAAGUGUCUGUCUUGUUUGCCCUUUGCCAUCAGUAAACACGGGCUGGUUGCAUCAGGUAACACGCUGUAUGUGGCCGGAGGGGAGUAUCCCGAUGGGUCUCCCAGCAAGGACAUGUGGCGUUAUGACCCCUGCUAUAACAUGUGGCAUGAGAUGUUCCCAAUGAACGAGGCUCGUUCUGAACUAGGCCUGGCCAUGCUGGACGGCUACGUGUUUGCAGUAGGUGGAUGGGAAGGAACUUCCAGGCUGGACUCCAUCGAGUGCUACAACCCACGCACCAACUCCUGGCGUUUCCUGGCCCCCAUGAAGAUUGCAGUGACCAGCCCUGCUGUUGUAGCACUCAAAGGUCUCUUGUACGUAGCAGGAGGAGCGGUGCUGGAAGACGGAGAUGGAAUGAAUUUGGUUCAGGUUUACAACCCAAAGACCAACACCUGGACUGAGGUGGCUCCAAUGCAGAUUCCUCGCUCUGGUUCUGCUGCCUGUGUUCUCAAGGGGAAGAUCUAUGUCAUUGGCGGCUGGCACGCUUCGACAGAGAACACUGACAAGGUGGAGCAGUACGACCCCAAGACCAACAUGUGGAAGAUGUGCGCCCCAAUGAACGAGAGGCGGUAUCGGCCAGGUGUGGCUGUGAUUGGCGACAAGAUCUACGUGAUGGGAGGAGAAGAGGGCUGGGAUCGGUACCACGACACCAUUGAACAGUACGAUGAAGAAAAUGACAAAUGGGAGAUCUUUGGAGAGAUGCUCGCGAGUCGCAGCUGGUUGAGUUGUGUCACCGUGCAGGUCCAGAAAGAGACGUGGCCUAGUAUUUUUGUGGAUUGAUGGGGAACUCUACCUGUACAUAAAGAGCAUUGUCUACAAUCUUGCAGAACAAUUGUCAAGUGCAGUUUGCAGAAUCCGGUCAGCUGACAUCCACUGGAAAACUCCACAGUUCUCCACCGUUUAUAGAAGCACUUUAGGGCUCAUUUUUCAACUGUUGCAGCCUGGGUGGUAACUUCUGUAUUUAACUCCAUGGGUUCCAAAAGGGAUUUGGGAGGGGUUCUUGGAUUGGGGUGGGUAUGUUUCCUUUUAUCUUUGAACUUUGCAUUGUGGUGAGAAUAUUUCUCCUUGCUGUUCAUUGGCUAAGGGUGGGUUCUCACCACCCUCCUGUGUGCCUCUGGUCUGAGUGUGUACAAGAUACAUCUUCAGAUUCGUACUUGGAUAUACCAAAAAAUGGCUAUUGUAAAACAUCUCUUACCCUCCAUCAUGGAGCGAUAUAGUGAAGUCCGCACUUUAGCCUUGACGUUUCUGCCUUUUGUAAUUAGACUGGUACAGGAGUCCUUUUUUUUAAAGAAAAACAAACUCCUGUGUUUUCUAUAGAACCUAAAGUAUUGGGGUGGUGUUCUGACUACCUCGUCUGCACAGAGAUCUCUGCUUUCUCAUUGCUUGGAUACCAUGACUUCUGAAGAAAAAUAAUGAACUGACAUUGAACUUUUCUACGUUGUCAAUUUUGGUACCUUGUAGUAGCUAAAUCUGGGUUGAGGACUUUUCUUUGUAUACAAAGUGUUUAAGAAGUGUGCAGUCUUCUCCCAGUGGUAAUGUUUAGAUCUGAAGGCUGCUUUUGGUGUGUUGCACCCAUUGCUAUGUGUUGCAGUGUUUGAGCUCGCACUGUGCAGAUGGUGUAAAGUUCUUUGCCAUCCUAAACAUGGGAACUUCUAAAUUUGUUCAGUUUAAUGAAGGUAGGUGCUUUAGAAACUUUAUACUGCCCAUUUUUUAAAUGGGUUUCAGGUCCACACCCAGCCAGAUGGGUGAUGGUACAUGAAGUUUGCGAUUGUCUGACGUUGACUGUCACUGUCUACUUUGACGUCUUAUCUCUGAGCCACUGCUUGAAGACCUUGGUUUCUCCUUCUUGGUGCCACACAGCCAGCUGUCCAAGAGUCUUGACCCCAUUAAACCUGUUUAUCGCAUAUCUCAGUCAUGUGCUAAGAACUUUCUGAUGGUGGGAGAGGUUAAUUGGUAAGAUCUGAGUACCUCUGGACCUUCACAAGGAAGCUGGCAUCCUUUGUGGAUGUAAUGGUCUGAUGGUUUUAUUACAAAACUUGUUGCAGUUUAAUUCCCUACCAAUUUCGAAGGUGCUGUCUCUCUCGUCAUCUCUUGUCAGCUAAUUGAAGAACACUACCUUGUAUUCUCGGGCUGUUAGGACAUUAACUGUUUGAGAACUGCCUCAUUUUACACCUCCAAAAAUGUUCAUGUGAAGUUUCAAAUUAUGUUGCACAAGUUUAUAAAGAUUAUAUAAUCAUGAAUUUAAGCAAUAAAGAUUUUUUUACGGCUGUAACUCAAUGUAUAACCCUAUGGGUAUUUAAGAAAACCACUGCUCCUGAUAAAAUGUGCAAAACUGCUUUUAUACCUCAGUAUACCAAAUUAAAUAAAG